UUCUAUAUAAGGCACUCGACCAGACACAACGAUUCUGCAUUCAAGUCCUCUCAGUUAUAUUCUUAGUCUCCUACGAAGUGAAACUAUGGCUCAACUUAAGAAGAUGGAUUGCGAAAUAGUGAUCAAGACACCAGCUGAUAAGUUCUACAAUACCUUCAGGACCAAAUCCCAUUUGAUACCAAAGAUGUCCAACGGAUUAAUGAUAGAUGGCAAACUUCUUCAAGGUGAUUGGAAUACUGUCGGCUGUGUCAGGCUUUGGUCUUAUGUUUCCGAAGGUAAGUCUGAGAUGGUUAAAGAGAUACUUGAGAACGUUGACGACGAAAACAAGACGAUGGUUUUCAAAGUGGUGGAGGGUCAAAUCUUGAACUAUUAUAAGAGUUGGAGGAGCAUCUUUAACAUCACGCCCAUGGGUGAGGGGAGCUUGGUGAAAUGGACUAUGGAAUUCGAAAAGCAAAACGAGAACAUCCCUGAUCCGGACAAGUACAUCAGCUACAUGAUGUGCUUGACCAAGAAUAUCGAUGCUUAUCUUCUUAAUGCCUAAUCAAGUUCUGUUUUGGAAAGGAAAUAUUGACAAUAACUAUUGUAUGGUAUUGAAAUUAAGUAUGAAUCCUUAAAUUAAAAAAAAUAUAUAUAUUAAUGAGUACCUGAUGAUGUAUAUGCGUUAUUGUGAACUAAAUAAUACUAAGGUCUUAAUUACAUGUAAAAUAAAA